ACUUUCAACAGACACGUUGAAGUGACAAGUGUAUAUAGUAAAUUUAAAGAAGGGUAAGUGGUUGGGUUCGAAAAAAGAAUUCUAUUGAACAGAAAGAAGUUUGACCCCCACACACCAGAAGUAGUAUUUUCGUGUUUGGACAAUGUAGAAAUUUUUCGCGGAUUUUUACGAAUGUCAAUUCGAUCUGUGUGAUAAAUUGUUUUACCAAAGUAGCGCCCCGGUUUGUUAUACGGCUGAGAAAUAUAGGGUUUACAUGUAUGAAAAUAUCGAUAGUAUUGUAGUGAUAGGGAAGUCUAGCUGUCUUUAUGUCUAGCUGUACAAGUUUCCGUCCGUCCGUACGUUACGCUUUGGGGUACCCAUCUUUUAGAAUGUAUUGAGGAAAGAUUAUUUGAACCAAAAAUUUUGUUCUAAUAUAAAUAUCAUCAAGUUGUGUGAAGUCAUGCUAAAUAAAAUGACGUUGAUUCUUUGAAAAAAAAAUUGUGUACAUUUAUUUUUUUAUUAAAAUUAAUGGAAAUGGACGGUAUGGUCUGUUUUCCUUAGCUACGUGUUGCACAUUCUGCUUGACCCACUAUAUCAUAAUAUCUAUAAUUUUAUGUUGUAUAUGUUUAUGUACCUCAUGUACCAUUUACAUGGUUUUUAGAGAAUGAAUUGAACUGAACCGAAUAGAAUGUUGACUAGCCGUUCAGAGACAUGGAAGAGUCUUUACAUAGUUUAAUCAACAGAGUGCUGAAAUAUAAAAAAAAAAAUGCAUGAAAUUCACGAAUUUCAUGGAGCAGUGUUCUUUUAACAUGUAGGUAGUUCUCUGUAAUAUUUUUCAGAACAUGCAAUCGGCAAAUUCCGCCUAUUCGGGAUAACCGGAAGCUACUCUGUUGCUAACGGAUGUACGCAUUUAUUAUUUAUAUUCGAUCGGGGUUACCCUGUAACAGUUUGUAAUAUCUAUUUUUGUUUCAGGGACUGUGACUCUUAGUACCGAUUGAUUUGUGGACAAAUAAAUGUUACUUUCCAGGCAACUGUGAGAGCCAGAAUUUUAACAUGCAGAUCUGAAACAGUGAAAGAGUCUAUUUUUAAAGGGAUCGUCAUCAAAGAGUUGGAGUCCUAGCUAAGAAUCUAGUUCGCUAUGUACAAUAUCGCUAAAAGACGGGGAAGGUGUGGACUAUUAUCGCUGAAUCAGAAUCAGACAGUUUCACUGAAGAAAAUCAGCAUACAGGUUUCAAUUCAUGGAUUCAUUGCCAAUGUGACCUCUGACCUUCAAUAUAUUAACGACUCGGACAAGAACAUAGAGACAGAGUUUGUGUUUCCAUUGGACUCCGGGGCAGCGGUCUACAAGUUUGAAGCUGAGAUAGACGGUAGGACCAUUGUAGCUGAGGUUCAGGAGAAAUCACAGGCAAAAGCGACUUACCGUGAUGCAAUUAAUUUGGGUCACACAGCAAUGUACUUGGGGGAAGAUGAUGAAGCGGGGGAUAUUUUUCGACUCAGACUCGGUAAAAUCCCUGCCAAGAAGACUGCCAAACUCACGUUUGCUUACGCGCAAGAGAUUGAAUUGAGGUCUGAUAAGACAGGAACAUUUAUGCUUCCAACAGUCCUGAAUCCAAGAUAUGCCCCCGAAUGUCCAUCAACGGAUGAAUCCAAAUUAACACCAAACACGACAAAGGGUUGUACAGCGCUGAUUGAUCAAGAGAUUGACCAAGUGGUGUAUUAUCCUGACUUUGCGAUGGACCUUGAGGCUGUAAUUUUUGGUGGUAAAAAGCUGAUGGUAUCCGAAAACAAAAUGGAAUUUGACGUGUUCGCUGAUAAAAUAAAAUACAAAGUGGCUUUAUCAACGCAUCUUAAAGGAGGCUCGGAUUUUUCGAUUUUGUUGCAUUAUAGAGGGUUUGAAAAGCCAGAGGCUGUUCUUGAGAUUGGCAAAAAAGACACUGAAAACGUGUUUUUGUCAUCCGACAUUCUGAUGGUAAAUUUUUCUCCAGAAUUUAAGGAUCUUGACACAAACAUGCCAUGUGAAUUUGUGUUCAUAAUUGACCGCUCUGGGUCAAUGAUGGGCUCUCGUAUAGAGAAAGCUAAAGAGGCCCUUGUACUGAUGCUGAAGAGUCUCCCUGUACACUGUAUCUUCAAUGUUGUCAGCUUUGGGUCCAGUUAUUCAAAAUUAUUUACAAGGAGUUUAGAAUAUAACGAGAAUAACUUGCAAAGCGCCAUGGAUUUACAGAAAAAUAUGAUGGCAGAUAUGGGUGGCACUGAAAUCUAUAAACCUCUGGAGGAUAUAUUUAAAAACAAAUCCUCCGACUCCUACGCUAGACAAAUUUUUUUGCUUACGGAUGGACAAGUUUGGAAUGUUCCAGGAAUUGUUAAGCUUGUGAAAAAACAGAAAAACACAAGAAUCUUUACAUUUGGGAUUGGAGAUGGUUGUUCAACAGAACUGAUAAAAGACGUUGCAAAAGCAAGUAGAGGAAAGGCUACGUUUGUUAAAGACAACGACAGACUAGCAUCUAAGAUUAUGUCUGUGAUGAAGAGUAGCGUCCAGUGUGGAAUUACGGACGUAUCUUUGAUGUGGAGCCUACCUGAAGGUUGUUCUGUCAUCAAUGCUUCAGAAGAAGUACCGCCAAUAUUUCAAGGAGACAAGCUUAUUCUUUUUGGAAUCAUAUCACGAGAUAUAUCAAAGCGAUUUUCUGGCAAAAGUUCAUUGAAACUAGCUGGUAGGGCAGGGGACAGGAAUGUGGAAUAUAACAUGGACUUUGUCUUAAAAGCCGCGGACAGGUCAGCCAACACAGACGAAUCCUAUCCACUUCAUAGACUGGCCGCUAAAGCCAGAUUAUCAGAGAUGGAAAUGAAGGGCGCCAAAGAGCAUGAGAUAGUGGUACUAAGCACCGCUGCCAAUAUCACAAGCAUACAUACAGCAUUUGUUGGUGUUGACAAAACGAGUGGUGACGUCAUAUCAAAAUGUCAAGCUACAGAAUAUUUGAUAGAGGAAACGGAUUGCUACAAAAUUUCACGGAAACGGAAAUGUGGAGGAAGUAUAAGAACCGUACCAUCAGUCAAAAAGUCAAAAAAAGUCCAAACGUCCAUGAAAUUAGCUGUACUAUCAAAAAGAAAAAACGCAGCAUCAAAAGCCAAGCAGGCUUACGGAGCACACAGUGUAGCUACCACAAGUAGCCACAGCUUGCAAAAAUCUGAAGAAUCAGAUUUAGGUUCAGAAGACUCUUCUAAAAUGAUAAAAUUGAUUGGGAACCAGAGAUUUGAUGGGUCCUGGCAGCUAAACAAAUCUUUUUCUGAAAUACUUGGCUUGUCUUUGAAUAAAAUAAAGUCAGCCUCUGUGGUGAAGGAUGUUAAUGUCUGGGCCACAGCUCUCGCAGUAGCAUUCUUAAGGAAAGAUUGGAAGGAACAAAAAGAGGAAUGGGAAAUGAUUGAGGAGAAGGCCUUAAUAUGGCUCAGGUCGAAAGAUCUUGAGGGCAGAGAUGUUAUAAAGGAUGCCAUGGCAUUCUUGACGGCAUGAAAUCGAUCUUACUCUAGUUUUUUUUUCUAAAAAAACAAAUUGUACUUAAUAUUACUUACCUGUAUGGAAAUCAUUUAAAAUGUACCAAGACAGAAAUGACUGUAAAAAAUAAACUGGUCAGAUGAUCCGUUUCUUAACCCCUUUUCACGAUUGAAUAAAAUCUAUAUUACAUGUAUAUGCCAAAGUUCUACUGGUACAUGUAUUUACAUGCACUACACCCGGAAACUUUUUAAUGCACAAAAAUAAAACUUACAUGUAUUUUACGCACCACGAUGAUAAACCUAUAGAUUUUUCAAGGUGUUUAAUUUUAUAAAUAAAUUAAUUACCUUUUUUACAGAGUAAACUGUCCAAAAUUUUCUCAUUGUCUAAAUAUUUUCUUUAAUUUAUUAAGGCAUGCAUAUUUUUGCCUUUUAUUUACUAUUAUUAUUAUAAUUUGUAUAUGCAUUGUACGGUGUAA